AAUAAACUCUCUCUAUGUCUCAAAAAUGUCAUCCCUCAUAAACAAUACACAAUCAAAUAUACAACCAAGAGAGUUGCUAAAACAUAUAGCUAGCUACAAUAUGAAGAGUAUUUACUUGAUUUUUACAUCCUUCUUGGCCUUAUCAUCUUGUGCCUUUGCAUUUGAUCCUAGCCCUCUACAAGACUUUUGUGUGGCUAUCAAGGACAUUAAGAAUGGUGUGUUUGUGAACGGAAAAUUCUGCAAGGAUCCAAAACUUGCUACACCAAAUGAUUUCUUUUUCUCAGUUAAAGAAGGAAAUACAUCAAAUCCACUUGGUUCAAAAGUGACACCAGUUACUGUUAAUGAAAUAUUAGGACUAAACACUCUUGGUAUCUCACUUGCUCGCAUAGACUUUGCACCUAAGGGUCUAAAUCCUCCACAUACUCACCCUAGAGCUACUGAGAUACUUAUAGUGUUGGAGGGUACCCUCUAUGUUGGCUUUGUUACUUCCAAUCCACAAAACCGUCUCAUUACAAAAGUACUCAACAAGGGAGAUGUGUUUGUGUUCCCAAUUGGUCUCAUUCACUUCCAAUUGAAUGUGGGAUAUGAAAAUGCAAUUGCUGUUGCUGGACUUAGUAGCCAAAAUCCAGGUGUUGUCACUAUUGCUAAUGCUGUGUUUGGUUCUAAUCCAAAAAUUUCUUCUGAAGUUCUCACCAAAGCUUUUCAAGUGGACAAUAAUAUUAUUGACAAUCUUCAAAAACAAUUUUGGUGGGAUAACAACUAGAAUAUUAUUAAGUUGUGAUAUGUCAUUGAAGCACAAUGUAUUGAGUUGUAUUUGCUUUUACCUUGUUUGACUAUAUUGGACAUUGUGAUAUUUACUACAAGACUUGAAUAAAUAAAAUGCAAUGUUUGUACCUUAUAUUCA